AUGAAUAAUUAUUUCACUCAAUUCAUAACGCAGCUAGGGGGACUGGAUUCCACUGAUAUCCACGAUAACAAUAUUAAGCAAGAAUGUUUGUGUCCGAAGGUGAAAUAUAUCUCGGUUUUUAAUCCGACGCAAAUAAGUGAUAAAUGUGAAUCAAACGAAGAAUUGAUAAAACAGAUCCUAUGCUUUGUUUCAAUAAAUAGGAAUCACGAUGAAGUAAUAACUCUUGAAGACAAUGAUAAAUUAAAGAUUAUUGGUUUAAUUAGAGGAAUUGAUGCAUUCAUGAAUGGUUUCGCUAAAGAUGUCCAAAGUGAAACGAACAUAAUAAAAACUGACACUUCUAUAUUAAUUGUUAAGCUAGUUGAAAAUAGCUAUUAUAUUGUAUGUUGUGUUUCUAUAUCUUCCAUUUCGCAGAAUAAUUCUAAAAUAAUCAGUCACCAAAUGUCAAAGUUAAUAGACCAAGCAUAUAAUCAGUUUAUCGUAUUAAAUGGUUCUUUUGAAAAGGUUCUAGAGGAGUACAACUUACUGAUAUUGAAAAAUUCACUUGAUGAUUUUUGGUAUGAAUUUAUAAAUAGUUAUAAUUCAGAAUAUCUUAAAUUUUCUUCAAAACAUCAAUGGACUAAUAGCUUGAAUUAUAAAGGGUUUUUAGGAUUAUUAGAGAAGCAUAAUCACCAGAAAGUAUACAAGAAGUCUUCGAUUAUUCUAAAUGAUACGGCGAAUGAUCAGAUAGAUAAGAUAUUACACAAUGAAAGUCAGACCCCAGAAUUGCAACCCAAAGGGUUAAUAAUUUCCUAUUUGAAUAAAAUUGAACCUAAGAAAUAUGGUAUGAUAUACUCAAAUAGCACUUUUGUAGAAGAGUCAAACGAAAAGCUUUUACAGCCCCUGGCUUUAGUCGAUAUUUAUAAUUGGCUCGAAUAUUGUGAUUACCACCAUAAGCUUAAUAGUAAGUGUCUUACGUCGGUAGACUAUAAAGGUUUUUUUUCAACCCCUGAAUGGAUACGGCACCAACUAGAUACCGAACAGCAGAUCUCCUCAUCGUUUGCUUCCGUAAAUGAUUCUGAUUCUAAGUCAAUUAGGUCAACAGCAGCAUCAACCUUUGAUUUUAUUAACCCCGUUAAUUUUACAAAUGAUUAUAUUAUUCUGCCCUUCAGUAGUACAGUGAACAAUGUUAUGAGUUUUAGUGGUAUGAAUGGCGAUGGUAAUCUGCUUACACCUAAUGAAGAUUCUUCCAUUGGAAAUUGGCUUACGAUUCCAUCUUAUUUAAAACCUUUCGGUCAAACUAAUCCUCAUCAAAACCCAGCAUAUUUGAAUACUAGUGAUGAACAAGUUAACGAUAAUGGUUCACUAAAUAAUGAAACUAAUGAUGAAUCAGAUGGAAAUUUUAUUAUUGGUUUAUCUAAAGAUGUCAACUCGAAUAACACAAUUCACAAGAGAUUAGUGUACUUGAAUUCAAUGGUGAAAAAUGAUGACGGAAGACUAAUAUUUAAGGAAAGAGAAUAUCUGUUGGUAAUUUAUGCUAUGGAUGACAUACUUGUUACCCUUAUUUAUGAUUCUUCGUUAGACGAACUAAAUCAGGAAACAUUUUACACUAGUUUGUCUAAGGUUAUAUUACAUCCAUUAAUAGAAGAGCUAAAUAAUAUUUUGAUAAAUGGAAGUAUUAUAUGCAAUAGUGUGGGAUCACUACCAAGAUCUUUAGAUGCAUUAAGAAUGAACGAUGUAAAAACAUAUACAUCACCAGGCCGGGACGUUGAUUCAACGAAUAACUUUUACUUUAUUAUCUACGAUACGAAUGAAGGAUGGGUGAAAUCUUCUUUGCCAUAUUUACCAAUACUCAAUUCUAGCUCAAAUACAAAAUCGGAAAGUGGUAUCCAAUUAAAUAAAGCUAAUUUAAAAUACAAGAGUGCUAUCUUUCAUUUGCAUGAUCAAUUAAGUGAUAUAUUUAUAGCCCAGAAGAAUAAUGACUUUUUUAACGGCGAUAGUAUGAAUGAAUUCUUUCAUAAAUUCAAUUCUUCAAAACAUUUUGACUGGAUGUUUUAUUAUAUUAAAUAUAAUAAUAGGUUCAUAAUCAUUAUCAAGAGCCGAAACCGUAAUCAUAGAAUCACAACCAAACGAAAUACAACUGCAAUCCCCAAGAAAUCAAAUACUUUAGCAUCUUCGUCUUCGACAACUUCUGCAAACCAACAACAUAGAAAUUUGAUCUUGCAUCAAAUAACUGAUUACGCUCAUUUAGGCUUUUUAAAUAAUUUAGGAGACGAUGUUAAACUCUGGCUUGAAAGCUUUGGUCUUGAGGGCGAGGUAUAA